AUGCGCGGUGCGUGCGCAGUGCCGUCGCGGGUGGCAGUCAUGGCGGCUCGGUGCGUGAGGCUGGUGCGGCGCAGCCUGCCGGCUUUGGCGUUCUCUCUUAGGCCCACGCCUCGGCUGCUGUGCACAGCCGCAAAGCAGAAGAACAGCGGCCAGAACCUGGAAGAGGACGUGGGUCAGACGGACCAGAAGACGGAUGCUCCCUGUGCAGAGAAGAUGCUCACGGAGGAGAAGGCCAAGCUAGAGGAGCAGCUGAAGGACACGAUGGAAAAGUAUAAGCGAGCUUUGGCAGAUACCGAGAACUUGCGGCAGAGGACCCAAAAAUUGGUGGAGGAGGCAAAAUUAUACGGCAUCCAGGGCUUCUGCAAGGACUUGCUGGAGGUCGCAGACAUCCUGGAGAAGGCCACGCAGAGCGUUCCCAAGGAGGAGGUCACAGCGGACAACCCGCACCUGAAGAACCUCUACGAGGGGCUGGUCAUGACCGAGGUCCAGAUCCAGAAGGUGUUCACCAAGCACGGCCUGCUCCGGCUGGACCCUCUGGGCGCCAAGUUCGACCCCUACGAGCACGAGGCCUUGUUCCACACGCCGGUGGAGGGCAAGGAGCCGGGCACGGUGGCGCUGGUGAACAAAGUGGGCUACAAGCUGCACGGGCGCACCCUGCGGCCCGCCCUGGUGGGGGUGGUGAAGGAAGCCUAG